GCGCGUUCGUGAAGGGGGCGCUAGAGAGCGACGUAGAUUAGCGCAAACUUCCUAGCGCAAACCGCUUUUGCUACGCUGAUGCUUUGAAAUGUUUUAUGAAUUAUAUAUUACAAAGUAUUAUAUAUAUUUGUAUAUCAUUUUAAAAUCCUAACCGGGCUAAACCUUGUUUAGCUAGCUUCGACCUGUACAUGACGUACUGAGGCCCAGCAACAUUCUCACUUUUGAUUUUAGCAGAUUUUUGCAAUUUAUUGUCUCAAAAUUGCUGAUUCAUGCAGACGUGCAGAAAUCAACAUUUGUGCAGCGCCCGGGGAGCUAGCGUGAAGUGUCUUGGUUUGGCUCUUAUUGUUACAGUAUCACAAUCCAAAAUGUAUGACAUUGAAAUGGAGAGGAAAUGGAGGCCAAUAACUUGGCCAAUGAAAUAUUGUACCACACAGAUGGAAAUGAGAGAUCAGAGACACGUGGCCUGGCUAGUACUAUCUAAGACUUUUACCCCCGCGUCAAAUGCUAAACAUUUGAUGUCAUUCACCGUGUCUCCAGCAGAGGACUUCUUAAAAUUAGACCUUGAGUUUAAGGAACAGUUGGCUUGCAAAUGUAUUGUUCUACCAGCGUUCAGCUAUUAUAGUUGAGCAACCAUUCCAUGCAGUCCUUGUGCCAACUAGGCUUUUUGCAAUGGCAUUAAAAGCGUGCAGUCAUUCUUUGAAAAGCAGAUUCAGGGCAGACUGGGGCUUGAAAAUAAACACACUGAAAAGCAUAAGAUACUUACUGUAGUGAUCCCCUUGGGAAAAUUGUCUCCUCUGCUAUUGUGGGGGGAUGGGUCAUGUUUAAUUUCUGUGAAGUCACAGACCUUCCCCAUAUCUUAGUAGAAAAGAGUGAGUGCAGACAAGUGAGCGGUGCGUGUGUGCAGGUAACUCUGCUGUAACGCAGUGAAUGUACGGUGUUAGGUUACGAUGUGUACCAAAUCAUCAAGCGUCCUGCUAGAGUAUACCCCCCGUUUCAGGCUUAAUGCUGAAGACAUUUUCAGCCCUGUUUACAUUUCAUGUAGCCUGUUCAACACUAGCAAGCAAAACCACUCCAAUCAGACACUGACGACACUAAGGCAUACCCACCAUUUCUCAAAGGUGGCCUGCAAAUACGUGCAUAACAAAAAAAUGCGUUUAGGUAUGAUUUUUAGGCAUUGGGACAGUCCUACUAGCUACCAGGUACAAACUGACUAGGGUUUGGAAUCAUUUGAAUACAAGUAAUUUCAGCGUGUUUUUUUUUUUUUUUCGAUUUCUUUUCUUAUGCUAACAAAGCUGUUCUUUUUCUUUACAAGCAGAUUCUCUGCGUUUUUCAUACAAGGUAAAGUCCUUCCUUUACACUUAUUGGUCACCAAGGGGGUCACCAAUGUGUUGCCUGAGGGCAUCAAGGCAACCGCAAGGACCUCAUUCUCUCUUCUAAAAAUACCUUAACAUAGCGCCACUUAUCAGUGAGCUACAUGUUUUUUUUCUUUUCUUUUUAUAAUCACAUUUGCUUUAGUGUAAAUUUUAAAGGGAACUUGUUUCGUGUAAAAUUGUGUACUUGUUUUCGCGCAUUUAUGAUCUGCUAAAGCGGAGAGAUCGUAGAAUCAUCUAUAGGGCAUAUUCUAUGUGUUGCAGUUCUUUGCGGACACAGACUCAUCGGCCGCAUUAAGCUAUACCAAGUUAACGCAAGCAUUUGGAAGUUUUGUGAAUAAUUGUUCACGUAGGCGACAUUAUUGGUGACUCACAUUGUCUGUGUGUAUGUCACAAGACGGAGGACGUGACCAGGUUUCUGAUAACCACACAACAACUACAGUAGUGACGUCAUGCUUCACAUCUACUAACAACUUCAAACAUGGCUGACUCUGUACGAGGUCCCGUGGUCAGUCGACCAUAUGCAUUUGCCAAUGAAGAGACGAGGGUGGUUCAUUCCUGGUCCCGAAUCUCUUCCGCGGGAUACAACGUUCUUCUUGACGCUCUAAAGAUCCUUAAUCCAAUGUCCCAUGACCUCUCGAGCACUGAGGACCUGGUUACUUUUCUGCAGGAACUAAGAGAGGAGGGCCACAAGCCCACUGUGCUGUGCAGCAAAGAAGUGUAUGGGUAUCGGUCCUGCACAACUCAACCCCUGACUGAAGACAAGCUGAAGCCAACCAACAGAAAUGUCAGACCCUCUGCUAAGAAGAGGAGAAAAAGGCCUGUAGUGAAGAAACGUGAAGUGCACCCUUCGUGGAACACCACAGAGAAGAGCAACCCUAGGAUUCAAGGUGUGCGUCCUCCAGAGUUGUUAGUGGACCACGGCAGCAUUGUCUGCAGCAAGACAACUCGAACUGUACAGAUGUCGCAGGCGUUGCAUGUACAACCAUGCCUCCGACUGACCAACAUUGAAGGCCUGUCAGGCUUUCACACGGCCCGACUCCAGAUCCACACGUCUUGGGAUUCGUCCCCUGAGGUGUCCUCUGCUAUCCUUUCAAAGCAACAGCACCCACCAAUGCUUUCAGGAAUACCUUUACAGCCUUCUCAGAAUGUUAGUGGGACACCCACCAAAGCUGUGGCCUUGUUCAGCCAGAAGAGCCUGUCGACGCCCAUCCGAUUAGAUGGUGCCCUCAUUGGAGAUUCUGCACCGGUCUUCUAUGCCAAUGGCCGGCUCUUCCCACAGACUCACACAGAACUCACCGGCGAUGGCUGGAGGAGCAAUGGCCUAUAUAAGGAUGGUCGAGAGCCCAAGGACCUAAACAACCAAACAUAUCGAAGAAACGGCUGGAAGGGCAAUAACAGUUUAAGGUGUAAAGUUAUAAAGGUGGAUGACUCUCGCUCGGUGGAGGAGGCCCGCAGGAAAGCACAGAAAGUCCUACAGGUCAAUCUGUCUCCAGUGAUUCAAAUCCAACCUCUUAACAAUGUCCUUAGAGAGGUCAGAUACAUGAAUAAGUGAACGUUCCUCUCAAAUCUGCAUGUGUAGCAGAUGUUGGUGUUUUACAUGCAUUAAACUAUACCUGGCUGAGCCCCAGUGUUUAUAGCAGGUGUUGUUCAUGGGUUGUUUGUGAUCUCUGCUGGAUGUAGUCAGGAUUUGCAAGUUUUGAUUCCUGACAGUGCCACCGGAGAAUGAAAGGCAUUGAAGUCAAAUAAUGCUUUUCCUAGCAGGCUGGGAAAUGAUGAAUGAGAAACGACUGUGUAAAUGCUGGUGAAUUAUCAGUUUAUAAUCUGGCUAUUCUACAGUUCUUCAACCAACGUUUUUCUUUGAGUUGACUGGCUAAUAUUACUGCUAAACCUAUUGACAUAGUUCUGGGUUUAAGUUAUUUUGAUGAGUAUUUAAAACUCAUUUGAUAGUUUUUACAUGUAGUCUUUAACAGUUCUGCCACCAUUCAGUCUCUCUAUUUUCCACUGGAAAGGUGAGAAUGGAGCUAGUAGUGGAACAGGAUAAUUCCAUAAGGCACUACAUUGGACUGGUUGGAUGAGUGUCGUCUGAAGUGGUGAUUAGUUGGUUGCAGCAAAACAAACUGAAGCAGGGAGAAAAAAGCUUUUAGUUUGUUUGAACAAACUGAAAUGACAGGAAUAAAGUAGGAAAGUUUUUGUCAUUCUUUCCUGCAUUGUUGUGUUUCCACUGGAAAUUUGGGAGGUUCUACGGGAGCACAACUGGGAGUCAAGUCCAUAACACACCUAGUGCAAGGGAUAGAACUAAAGUAUUUCACAAAGUGUUCCUUGGGUGUUUGUCCAUGCGGGGAUUCACAAAGCAGUGAAGGAAGAAAGACUGAUUUGUAAGAGUACCUAUGUCAUCAAAACAUUUUACUUCUGCUAUUAAUCUUUGAGAUACACGUCAUUACGUUUUUCAUUUUGACAUAUAAUUCAACUUUUUUUUUCUCUCAGAAGUCUUUCAUUGUCUUUUCAUUUGUACACUGGUCCUUUUUACAGGUUUUAGAUACUAUAGUCUGCGUAUCGAAUGCUGUUUGGGAUUUCCAUUUCUGUAGAAAACUGUUCUCACGGUUUGCUAAUGCAGAAAAUGUUGUAAAUUCCAGUAACAUGUUUCUCAACCAGUGAAAUCUGACUCUGCACUCUGUCAGCUUUAUCAUGUUUUAUUUCCUAAACUCAGAAUUGUCCAAUCCAAUUGUUGUAGCCAGUUGAAAACUGUUGUAGCUCUCCUUAAGGCUACAAAAUGCACUUUUGAAUGUGGCCGUUGUUCGUUAUUGCCUGUUUUCAAAAGUAAUUUUUGUUAUAUGCUUUUACAUGUAAAAAAAAUAUUUAAAGUCUUCUGAAAUAUCGUAUUUAAUCUUUUUUUGAACCCCCACUUUUUUUUCCACCGGUGCUAACCUUGCAGUGUUGGUGCUGAAUUGAAUGACUGGCACAAGAAUGCCAUUCGGUUCCUCAUCAUCUGGUUCAGUUUAGUUCAUUUAAAAGAAAAAAAAGUUUGAGUUGGUUUCUGAUUGUGCUGCUGCCCCUGCAAGUUGAGAUGCCAAACAGCCAUGAGUGCUUUGUAAAGAAUUUCUACUGUGAGGAACCAUCUGGAUUCAUGUUCGUAAGAAACUCAAAUCAUCCGUGUCUGUGUAUGUGUGUUCCCCUAAAGAAAGAGAGAUUUGUGGACAAAAUUAGAACACAAAGAAAUGCAUUAGAAUGCUAAUGGGUUUUUGCCUUCAGAACCAGUAGCAUAACUAUCAAACAUAGAAACCAGUUUCUGUCACUUGGGUUUUAUAGAGGAUUAUUACAUUCAAGACCAAGAAUUACAGUUGACUGCUAUACACACAGAAACAAAUCUUAAAUCAGUGUAUAACUUGAAUACUAUUUAAUAUUCAGAUACUUUGAAUCCUUGUAAAAACACCAUCAGGUUGGUAAAUAGGUACAGCUUCAAAUACCAUGUUAGGUGGCAAUGGGUGCACACUGGCCCUAAUCAGAUUGGGUGUGGAACUACUUUAGCUGUUGAAGCUUUGGUUAAAUUAGGAACUGGUUCCUCUGUUGAAAGUGGAACCACAUCAGUGUUUGCUGGUCUUGUCUGUGGUUGUUCUUUAAUCUGAUAAACUUUACUUUUUUGAAAGUCUCAGUUUCCCUGUGCCCCUCUCCAAGAUGUGUCUACACUUGACCCCCCCCCCCCCCCCCCCUCAUUUUUAUGAUCUUCUGUUAAGUCUUGUUUGUGCAACACUUAUGAUAUUGCAUUUCCUACAAAAUCUUUAAAAACCUUUUGUUCAAUAAAAGUUAUGAAGAAAGAAGUUUCAUUUUCCUCUAUUUCUUGACAUUUCUCACUUUAGCAGGUAAUUUAAUUCUUUAGCAUAUGUAGACAUUAUAGACACUGACACCAAAACCUGUCUACUUGCUGAAAUUGGCAAGUUUGGUGGUUUCAGCGUAGUAAUUUUAAAAUUGUGGUGAUGCAUAUAAAUCUAUAUGAAAUAAAUUUUAUUAUAUAAUGACCCUAAAGUUAUGGACACUUUGAAUGUCUUUUGUGAUGCUGCUAUUAAACCACGCAGAGGUUCCCACUCUACCAAAAAACAAAAUGGUGGAAACUGCUGUGACUGCGUGGCUUAUUGGUUAUGGCUUCACUGAGAGCACAUCUCCCAACAAGUAAAGUUAAUUACGUAAAUACAAUGUUCGUAUUAUAUCAUUUAAACGUCGUUAGAAUCCCACUGCAAACGCAGCAGUAAAGACGUUGUAGACGGUUAACAGCGAAACUAAACGACCGUACAAAUGUUUGCUAGUUUUCAGUCUGCACCUGCCCUAACAGCUAGCUAGCAAUCUUAGCAUUUAUGCUAGUUGGCCACGAGGAACAGCGGUUCCUGGACACGUGUGGCUGGAUAGCGAACAUUUCUCCUUCCAUGAUGAAAACUGACUAUUUGCAUUAGUAGUGGAAACGGAAAGCAUCAGUCUUGUGUUUGAAGACGUAGUAGCCGAGUGCAGCCAACACACACGCCAACAGCACCGACACCAAGAUGGCUGCUGCCGUGCCACUGGAGUGGACGAUGCCUCUGGAUUUUUCAUGAAAGCUCUGGCGAAGACAGGUGAGAAGACAUUAGCUGACCGCAGGAAGUGAGGCAGGAGGUGUCGGCUGAACCAGAAUGAGCUCUGAGCAAAACUCAUGUUGGACAAAGCUUCUCGUGGAAUUAAUACUGUGAUGUUGCCGCUCAGGUCUUCGUAUAGAUUGCUCAUCUAACAACACACAUACAUCCAAAUCCAUUUAAAACAGCUUAGUUUGAACACAGCAGCAGCUACAUACACUAUGAAAUAAGACGUAAGAAGAUUUACUACACAAUUUAGAUUAUUUAAAAUAGGAAAAUGUGCAAAGCACUGAUUUUUCUUACGCACCCGGAUCAGUCUGUAGAAAACAAACAAGUCAUCAAUCAUGUUCAGCUCCUAGAAACACACAUUUAAAUGAAACAGUUUAGGACAAACGAGGUGUGCAAAGAAAAGAGGAAGGUAAAAAAAACAGAGCCUCUUUAACAGAAGAUGAUGUGACAUUAUACAAGUUUAAAUAUUUACAUCCAUUAUUGAUCCAUAGCAGAGGAAUCCGUCUCCAGUGUAGCCAUCUAAACAGGUGCAGGUGUGAUUGCCAUCAUCCGUUGAUUUACACUUUGCCUGAUGGUGUGAGAACAUAAAGGAGUCAUUGAAAAUGAACUGUGAUACAGACCACAUUUACAGUUUAAAAUACAGUCAUUAUUAUUAAACUCACACAAAUGUAGAUAUUGCCCAUUACACUACAGAUUAUAAGAACAUUAAACAGAACUUAUAACCAGGUUUCUAUGGAAACAGAGAAGGUUUCUCCAGAAAAAUGCUUUUGUUUUUAAUUUAAUUUUGAUUUCAACAAACGCAUCUGAAGCUAUUCAUGAAACAUUUAAGUGCAUACAAGUAAUGUUCAGAGGAUCAUCAAAGAUCAGCAGUGACUGUGUGUAUUUGUGUACCAGUGCAUGGCAGCCACCGUUCUUUUUAAGGCAGGGGUUGAUGAGGUCACACACAAUCCCGUUUCCCAUAUAACCUUGCUGACAUUCACACUCACUCUGCAGACAGACGAAGAGAUGACAAAAAUCUGUACAGUCAAGUAGCAUAUUAACAAAGUAUUUUAACAUUCAUUGAAAUCAGACGUUGAUGAACCCGUGUCUCAAUGACUGCCUUCCAGCGACUACAAUAGGCUGGAAACGUGGCCGACCAGUACCCUACCCCGAGCAGAUUACACACACCUGACCCGGUCCGAUGUGGUUACAGUGGGCUUUGGGGCUGCAGCCUCCUCGACUCUCCAGCUGACAGUUGUUGAUCUCCACACACACUUUGCCAUCACCUGUCCAACCCUCAAUACACUCGCAAGACACGUUUCCUGGACCCACAUAGACACAGUUUGCCUACAAAAAAAGACAACGAGCCAGACUCAGUUCAGCUUUAUGCAACUUGAAUGUUCUAAAUAAAGACAUUCAAGACAAGACAAUUCAAAUAUAAUCAGAACAGAGUAGAUUAAAAAUUCAUCAGUACAUAGUAAAAAGUGAAUGUGAAAAUGAAUCAACAGUUUAUCCAUAUUGUGACUGAUGAUGUAAAACACAGAUAAUUUACAACAUGUGUGUUUAUGUUUGGAACAGAUGUUUAAUAAAAAAACUCUAAAUUAAAGGAAGAAAACAGAUGGAAAUGCAAAAACAUAUUAAAGCUGUUAUUAACAAUAAAUAAAGAAAAUCAAAAAAAAGAAAAGAAAAAAAAAAAAAAAGCAGAAAA